AUGGUAGCUGCCAAAUCUUGGCCUUGGCUUUCGGAUCUCGAUCAAGCAAUGUUGCCCGACAAGGCCAUUGAUCCAGUCAACGAAUACGAUACCCGGGAAUCUGUGCCAGAACUCCUGAAUGAACAUGCCUCCAACAUUGAACUCGUCAAGGAAGCUCUCAAGGAGGAUUCACUGUACGAACCCUUCAAACAUGACGACUUGUGGAUCUUGAGAUUUCUAAUGAGUCACAAACAUAAAGUCAAGAAAGCAACCAAGGCUGCCAAGCAUGCCUUGCAAUUUCGGAACAAGCACAAACUUGACGAGAAAGAUUUGCGAUCCAUUGCACCACACAGCGUCCCAUUGGGGGAAGAGGACACUCCCUUCGCUGGAUGUGACUCAUUGAAGCGAGCUUGGAUUACUCGUUAUCCAGGUGACUGCAUCGCAUUUACCAUUCCAGAUAAGCAACGCGGCGUGGCGGGCUUUCUUCGGUUUGCAGAUUUUAAGCAUGAUAAGGCAACCAUGAAGGCAUUGAGUGAUGAGGAUCUCGCAGCCGUCUUUAUCUAUCUAUCCGAGUGGACCUUUCAAUGGUUGGACUAUGUCACUCGCAAGACUGGACGCUUGACGAAGUCUGCUCGAUUCGUUGAUUUUACUGGGUUUUCUAUGUUCCAAGUCAGUCGAGAUGCCACUAAACGGGAUGGCAAGAUCAUGGGAGAUAUGGAAGAUGUCUAUCCCCAACUAUUGCAUUCAUUAUUCAUGUAUAACCAGCCUCAUUGGAUUCAUGCAAUCUGGGCUACCAUGCGCCACAUUAUGCCCAGUCGUAUUGUGGAAAAGGUAGACAUGGUCGAACCCAAAGAGAAUGAACAGGAAUUCAAGCGACUUCUCAAAUUUGUGGCAAAGGAACAUCUUCCAGUCUCGUUGGGUGGAGACAACACUGUCAAUCCAACGGAAUGGUAG